AUGUCUCAACAAAAUGGUAUUGCCACUCUAUUGCAAGCUGAAAGAGAAGCUCAUGAGAUCGUUUCCAAAGCAAGAAAAUAUAGACAGGAUAAAUUAAAGCAGGCAAAGAAAGAUGCAGCCACGGAAAUUAACAACUAUAAAUUGCAAAAGGAUAAGGAAUUGACAAACUUUGCCAACGAGAAUGCUGGUUCAGUGGAUGAUUUAGAAAAAAAUGCCGAUUUGCAAGUACAGGAUGAAUUGAAAGAUAUCGAAAGAGUUGCUAAAGAGAAGAAGGAGGAUGUCAUUAAAUUGUUAAUCGAUGCCGUCACCCACCCAUCUGCUGAACUGCACGCCAAUGCCAUUUAA